AUGGAUAGUGAUAAUAUUAGUGAGAAUUCUAUUGUUCCAGUAAUGACAGAGAGUUCAGAAGAGCGUCAUGUUGCUGUUCUUGCAUUCCCAUUUGCCUCUCACCCUCGAACUCUCCUUAAUUUGGUGUAUAAGGCAGCAAGGGCAGCUCCAAAUCUGCAGUUUUCCUUUUUCAGCACGGAGAAAUCCAACAACAAACUCUUUUCUUCAGCAUCAAAGGCAAACCUCCCACUUAACAUAAAGGCCUGCAACGUAGCGGAUGGCAUCCCAGAGGAUGAUCAUCCCUUCUCAGGCAACCUGCAAGAGGAAUUGGAGCUCUUCGUUAAGGCGACACCUGACAACUUCAGAAGUGCUAUAGAAGCAACUGUGGCCGAGACAGGUACGCCUAUCUGCUGCUUGUUGACGGAUGCCUUCUUAACAUUUGCGGGUGAGAUGGCUGAGGAUUUGCAUAUCCCAUGGGUGACUUUAUGGGUAGCUUCACCUCAUUGCCUCUCUGCCCACAUUUACACUGAUCUCAUAUGCCAAUUCUACAACAAUAGUUGUAGAUUUGGUGGAGUUGAUAGUGCCACUGAUGAUAAUGGAAAUGGUGUUUCAAAACCAGAGGACCAAACCUUAGAUUUACCCGGACUUUCUGUAUUGCGUAAGGCAGAUUUACGUGAGCAACUAGUCUUGGGUUCUGAUUCACCACCGCUCUUUUAUCGCAUGCUACAUAAACUGAUAAAUUUGAUUCCAGGGGUUAGUGCUAUUCUCCUAAUCUCCUAUGAAGAAAUAACCGACCCCCUCAUCACAACUGAUCUAAAAUCCAAAUUUCCAAGAUUGCUCUACCUGGGUUUCCUCUCCUUAUCGCUGCCACCUCCGCCACUGCCUCCCUCGGACUCAGACUCAACAGGGUGCCUGCCAUGGCUUGACAGUCAAAAUGCCAUGUCUGUUGCAUAUAUUAGCUUUGGGACCGCAGCAAAAUUGCCCGGUAACGAGGUGGUGGCAUUAGCAGAAGCUCUUGAAGAGAGUGGCAUCCCAUUUCUUUGGUCUCUUGGAGAUGAAACCAAUAGCUUAUUGCCUGAAGGGUUUGUAGAGAAAACUGGUAUGCAGGGAAAGGUGGUUCCAUGGGCACCACAAACCCAAGUCUUAUCACACCCAUCAACCUUUGUUUAUAUCACUCACUGCGGAUACCAAUCUAUGUUUGAAAGCGUUGCUGGCGGUGUUCCAUUGAUAUGUAGGCCAUUCUGGGGUGAGCAGUUCAUGAAUGCAACAAUGGCGCAGGAUGUGUGGGGGAUUGGGUUGAGAGUUGAAGGUGAUGUGCUCACAAAGAGUGGACUGCUCGAGUGCUUUGAAAUCAUAUUAGAACAUGAACGAGGGAGGGAAAUGAGAGAGAAAAUCAAGUCACUGAAAGAGGUUGCAGUAGAGGCUGCUGCGCCUAAUGGCGCUGCAGCAAAAGAUUUUGAAACAUUCGUGGAGUUGAUAUAUGGGCAUUGA